AUAAUUAAUAAUAGGAACGAUGAGCGAGCGGAUCUAGUUUUCGUCAAAAUCAUCACAGAGUACAUCUGCCACGUCAGCUUGAUUGGUAUACUAUUUGGUCGCCCGUACUCAAGUCAACCUCGGCGGAGCGAUUAUGUCAGGAUCUUCACCGAGCUUGUGGUUGGCACCGAAUCCGAGCAAAAGAUGGGGAGAGCUCUUCUUCCUCUUCUACACUCCUUUUUGGCUCACUCUCUGUUUAGGCAUCGUUGUUCCUUACAAGCUUUACGAGACAUUCACGGAGUUGGAGUAUCUGCUUCUUGCCUUGGUUUCAGCUGUUCCUGCUUUCGUCAUACCGAUGUUACUCGUUGGAAAGGCUGACAGAAGUUUAUGUUGGAAGGACCGCUACUGGGUUAAGGCAAAUCUCUGGAUACUUAUGUUCAGCUAUGUGGGAAACUAUUUUUGGACUCACUAUUUCUUUAAAGUUCUUGGAGCAUCCUAUACUUUUCCAUCGUGGAAAAUGAAUAAUGUUCCUCACACAACAUUCUUCCUAACACAUGUUUGCUUCCUCUUUUACCACGUUGCAUCGAACAUUACACUUCGAAGGCUACGACAUUCCACUGCUGAUUUACCAGAUUCUCUGAAAUGGUGUUUUGAGACUGCAUGGAUACUGGCGCUUUCUUAUUUCAUUGCAUACUUGGAGACUAUUGCUAUUGCAAAUUUUCCUUACUACGAGUUUGUAGACCGAAGUGCCAUGUACAGAGUUGGGUGUUUGUUCUAUGCCAUUUACUUCAUAGUGAGCUUUCCAAUGUUCUUCAGGAUGGAUGAGAAAUCAAGUGAUGAAUGGGAUUUAUCUCGAGUGGGUGUUGAUGCUUUGGGUGCUGCUAUGUUGGUAACAAUAAUUCUUGAUCUAUGGCGUCUCUUCUUGGGACCUAUAGUUCCCUUACCGGAGGGACAAAACUGCCUUCAGUCUGGAUUACCAUGGUUCUCCAACUGAAAAUUGAAAGAUCUGUUACUUCCACCAAUUCAGGGAAAUGACAUUGAACUGAAAGAAAAACCGGCAAAAGAGUUUCCAUUAACACUUUACGGAAUUGUGAAGCAGUUAAUGCGAUUUUGGGCAUGUUCCUGAGGUUCUUCUUCUCCCAGAUGACUGCUGAUUUGUUGUUGUUUCUAUUUUGUUUUCAGUUUCUCUUUUAUCAACUUCCGAAUGAAACCUUUUAAGUUAU